AUGGAUUGCCUCAGAUCGCAUCUCCCGCAAUCCCUGCAAUCCCUCCUGGACUCCUGCGACUCCUCCUAUGUCGAACAUGCCCCAUUCGCCGCUGUCGCCUUGACCUCCCUACUCGCCGUCUACGUGGGGGUGCUCUACAUUCGAAGCCAGCGCGAGGCUGCUGUGCCAUUUAACGUGCCUCUGCCAAAGGAAGUGCGCGACUCAUCCGCAGGAAUCAAGUGGGAGGAUGUCAAGGGACGAGAGAAGCAGAUCCUGGAGGACCAGGUUCGAGGAGUGAGUUGUCCCAGUCGAGGAGCUUGA